GGUCAAGCCAGCCCAAGUCCGCCAGUUGGUCCUGCGCUGGGAAGUAAAGGUGUAAAGUCGAUGGAUUUCUGCAAAGUACGCACCGUCGACCUCUCAUCGUCCCCAGCAAUUGAGCUUCAGAACAACCCCUAAGCUCCAAUUGAAAAUUCUAGAGUAAGCACUUACAAGCCCACCAGGAAUUCAACGCCCGCACGGCACACAUGAUGCCCGGAAUUCCCAUCCCAGCCCGCGUAACCGUACGACCCGACCGUUCCUUUCACUUCGAGAUCCGGACGCCUACAACGAGUUGGCUACUAUUGAACGCCGCCGGGGUAGAGGAGAAGAAGGGGAAGCUAAAGGGUGCGGGUGGGAAUGAGAUUGUGGGGACAAUCAGUCUGAAGCACGUUUAUGAGAUUGCGAAGAUCAAGCAGAGUGAACUGCGGUUGAGUGGACUGAGUCUGGAAGGGAUUUGUAAGAGUGUUAUUGCACAGGCGAAGACUGUAGGGGUUGCCGUUCAACCUUAGGGGUGAUCUGGAUGCUGGAAAUGGAUAGUACAACAGGGAGAAUGUUGGAUGUGGCGCUGGGUGUGGUGAGACAAGACUUUGUGGAAGAGCCGUUGCGUCGAAAGAGAAUUUCGGCGUAAGAUUCACAGGAAGGACGAAUUUUGCUCUAGUACAGAGCUGUACUAGAGCUUGGGACGAUGUGAAGUCAUCAGAGAUAUGCAUUGAUCCAUGGAUCAAAUUGCUUUAUCGACAUUGCGGCGGCAUUUAGGAAAGGUUCUGUAUGAAAAGGGGUACAACACCAAGUCCAGGGCUUUGUACAUUAUCGGGACAUCGAGAUAGUAUAGUAUGAAACCAUACAUCCCCAGCUCAUCAG